AUGUAUCGGGCAAGUUUAAUUGACCGAAAAAGCAAUAAAUCAUCAAAACGCUCCGUAAGUACCGUUGAAAUGCAUCGACACACGAAUAAUAACAUUGUCCGCAUUGAAUCAACAACAGUUUCUGGACCAAUUGCGCCAACAUUUCGUUAUAUACGGAAAUGUAAUCGUGAUAAG